AAACGCAAUUAACUCCAUUUUCAUAUUUCAUCUUGAUAAUGGGCCGUCUUUUCUGAUUUCGGGUCGAAUCAAACCCUCCAUUAUCGUCGUCUUCCUCGAGGUUUUGGAGCACUCAUAACUUUCUGUCGCCAUGAACGCCUUCACCCAUUUCUCUGCAAAACCAAACCUUAACUCUCUUCCUCCUCUCAAUAACCACCGUCCAGUUCUAGCCCGACCCCUUUCGUCUCUCUCCUUCACAACUCCUCCGCCGCAGCAUGUGCCCAUCAAAGCCUCGUCGUCAUUCUCGCCGGAGUUCUCUGUUCCUAAACCCGCAAACCAAGAAACCCUAAAAUCUCCCCCGGGAAUUCUCCAAACACUAACCCAAUCCCAUUUUUCUUGCGCCGUCGUCACCACCGUCGCAGCCGCCGCGGUUUUCCUGGGCAGAUUUUGCCUCAGAGUGGACCCCGCCAUUGCAGCCCCGGUUUCAGCUCCGUCCACCGCGGAUUCCGGUGCGGUUUCCGACGCGGAAACCGAGAAGGCUCUCCAAGAACGCUUGGCUGCGAACCCGAACGACGUCGCGGCGUUACAAAGCCUAAUGGAGAGUAAAAUUCAGAACCGAAACAUCGGCGACGCCAUUAGCAUCGUGAACAGGUUAAUGGAGCUGGAGCCGAGCGAGACAGAGUGGCCGCUGUUGAGAAACCACUUGUAUGUUCUCACCGGAGAAUUCGACGCGGCGAGAAGGGGAUUCAAUGAGAUUCUAGCGAAGGAGCCUUUACUGGUCGAGGCUUAUCACGGACUUAUAACGGCGGUUUCGGAGGACGAUCAAGUUGAGGAGUUGAAGGGAAUUGAGGAGAGGAUUGUGAAAGCAAUGAAACUAUGCAAAAGUGAGGAUAAAAAGGGGGAAUUGAGGGAUUUCAAGCUCUUAUUGGCUCAAAUUAGGGCUAUUGAAUAUGACUAUGAAGAGGCAUUGAAAGUGUAUCAAGAAUUGGUAAAGGAGGAACCCACGGAUUUCAGGCCAUAUCUCUAUCAAGCAAUAAUGUACACAAUGUUGGGGAAAGAUAAAGAAGCCCAGAAGCAUUUCCAGAUGUACCGCGAGCUCUUACCCGAGGGUCACCCUUAUUCAUCAUUUCUUGAUAACACCAUGAUUGCCAGUAAGCUUUUCGCCGCAGCAAAGUGACUAAUGAAAUGAAAAAUGAAUGAAUGUGUGUGCUGAUCUUCGGAUUAUGCAAAGCUCAGGUUCUGGAAGAGGUGUUAGUGCCACCUGCCCUUCCUGCUGAGGUGCGACGAAGGCUAUUAGUAUUUAGCCGAUUUUUAAUCCUUCAUUGCCUCAUCAAUCAAAUCUGGGGAUUAAGUAUUUAAGUCUGCGGAAUGAUCAAGGUUGAUGCCAUCUCCGGUUUAACAUAAUGUAGUCGACACACGCAUAGCGUACAUCCUGCCUAUAAAUCGGGAGGGCUUUGUUAUCUUGUAUCGACUGUAUUGGCUGUAGUUGGGAUACUCUUGAUGUCUGUUUCUUCCAUUUCAAUGGCAGCUGUGAAGUAUUAUUGUGUAUGGAUUGCUAUCAAAGAUUGAAGUUAUGGAGUUGUAUUUACUUGCUAUAAUGUUUGUGAUGUAA